AUGGGGCUCCCUGUUACGAUUAAAGUCAACUUCAGGGGCAAUGUCAAGCGUUUUCUGGCUCAAGAUGUGGAUAAACUGGAGUGGGAAUCAGUGGAAACCUGGAUAAAGGCGUCAUUUGGGAUCAACCAUUUUCAAGUUAAAUAUUUUGAUGAGGACAACGAAGAGAUCUGUAUAAAUAGCCAAGAUGAAUAUGAAGAAGCUAUUAAGAGUGCAGAGAAGCAGGGAAACCAGUUACACAUGAAUGUGUACAAAAUGAAGGGACAAGCUUGUGGCCCAUUGAAGACUGAGGUGAAGGAACUUAAAGGAGACCUACGGCCUGCUCCUCCGUAUCCAUCCAGGGUGAAGACAGUCGACAAAGGCACUCAAGUAACUCCAGAGAAAGAGCCUGCUGCAGUGAAAGACAGCAAAAUAAACAAACCAGAAGAUGAGCCACCUCCUGUAUGGUUUAGAUCUUAUAUGGAGAAGUUUAAAGAUGAAGUUGUGAAAGAAGUGGUGGAGAGGAUGUGUAGUGAUUUCUCUGGUCAGUGUUGCACACACAAGUCUUCAGACAGAGGCCUUGAGGUCAACGGUGCAAGUGGUGGUGCUCCUCCAGGCCCAAGCGUAGGGCCAUCCACCUCAAAUGAGUCUCUGGGUUACACCCCAAACUGCAGCAGCUGCAACAAACUCACCUCUGAUGGGGCGUACAAAUGCAGACAUAGCCAUGACCCCAGCCACAACCUCAUAAGAACAAAGACACCUCUUUCAAUCCCUGAGCAUGGGCCGGCUGGAGAAUUAAGGUUCCCAAGGCGAGGAGACAGGACAGUGCGCAAGGCCGAGCGACAGCGCCUCAAAGCAGAAAGGAGACAGCUCAGAGCUGAAGUGAAGGAAAUCAAGAAGAAGCUGCGUCUGGAGAAGAGAGGACUGCAGUGGAGUGGGCCCUCUACCUCAGCCAGAGCCAACCUGACAAACGUGGCAUCCACCUCCACCCAGGCUCCCGCCGCGCCCCCCAGUGUCGCCACGGAGACUGCCUCAGGUCCAGGCCCAGGCCCUGCCCAGGGCCCCAUCUCUGCCCUGGGCCCUGAUCCCCAGACCUCCAGUCCAGAGGGUCCUGGGGUCUCGCACACGUCCUUGGUGCCAACAAUGGCUGCCUUGUUUCUGGAUGAAAAUCUGCCUGACGGCACCCGUCUGGAGCCUGGUACCAAGUUCAUCAAAUACUGGAAGAUGAAGAACUCGGGCACAGUCGGCUGGACCUCAGAGACUAAGCUAGUGUUCAUGUGGGGAAACCUUGGCCUGGCGUCAGAGGAGAAGAGGGAGGUGCCAGUGCCCUUACUGCUGCCCGGACAAGUGGGUGUGGUCAGUGUGUCAUUUGUGGCUCCUGUCAUGGAGGGGACCUACACGUCCCACUGGCGCCUCGCUCACUGCGGCUGCCAGUUUGGCCCACGCGUCUGGUGCAGCAUUGUGGUCGAUCCAGGCGACAGUCGCACUGACCCUGCUCUUCAAAAGAAAACAAUGAAAGACGACAUUAAGUGUGUGGAAAAGGAGGUAAGACCGAAAGAUACUGGUCCAGUCCUGGCUUUGGACAUCAGCCACGAUGACCUGUACUUCCCUUCAGUGGACCUGCUCACUGCCCAGGAUUUACUCUCUUUUGAGCUGCUGGAUAUAAAUAUUGUUCAAGAGUUGGAAAAAGUGCCCAAUAAUACUCCUGUUGACUUGACUCCAUGCAUCUCCCCUUUGCCACACGACAUACCUGUGCUGGAAAAGGCCACACCUUCACAUAAUAAAUCAGACACAAAAUACGAUGCUGAGGACACAGGGGUCAGAAAGCUUUUUGGGGCAAAGUCAAAGCCUCACAGGGAAAUGUUGGAGUCUGUGACACAAGAGGAGGAGAGAGAAGAGGAGUUCAGCGGUGCACAGUUUUUGUGUGAAACUAUUAUUCGGUCACUGACUCUGGAGGAGCCACCAGACCACAGACCGAUGCGCAGGGCUCUUAACAACUGCCUCAAACCACAAUUGGUUUCCCGAGGACUUGGAAUAUGCCUCGACAAAAUUACAAAUGUUGAAGUGACCGCUAAAGAAAUGAUCACCGCAAGAGUUGAGAGUCUAGCUCCACCUCCGAAUAUAUCUGUCACACAAGUCGAUGACACUACGGCAGUUCUUUUGUUAGAACCGGAAAUGAAAAUUGCUUCUUUGCACAAUGAGAAAGAUGAGGAGGCUGUUGUUCUGAACGGCACUGAAACGAAUGAAGAGGAGAAGGACGAACAGGCGAACGGGGCUGAAGACUGGGAUGAGGUCAGCAGCCAGACCUCCUCAGUCUCUUCUUGCGACGACUACAUCAUCGUUCUCCCGGACUGCUUCGACACCAGCCGGCCUCUGGGAGCGUCCAUGUACAGCUCCGCCCUGUCCCAGCCCGACACAGCAGCACCCAGCGACGCAACACCAGCCAACGAUCCACCUUCACCCACCCAUACAACAGCUCCCAACGAAACGCCCGCGCCCAGCGAGACCACAGCCCCCAACGACACCACAGCCAAUCUGGACUCGGAGCAGGACGAGCGCAAGGAAGAGCCCGCCUCCAAACUGAGCAGGGCGGCUUCUCUGACCGAGGCGGGGGGGACUGAGGCCGGCGGGGCAACAGAGGAGCCCCCCGCGCCCUGUCCCCCCGUCCACAGCAGCGUCAACCAGAUGCUGUGCGCCUCUCAGACUCUGGACGCUGUCACUCUCACGCCUGAAGUGGUCCCGCCGCCGGCACGAGCGGACCCCCUGCUCCCCCCGCCGACCCUCUACUCGCCAAGGUCAGAGGCACUGUAUUUAGCUGAGGACCCCAGUCCACCAGCUUGUGAGCCAUAUGAACCUCAACCAAGAGUCCACCUCAAUGUUUCAUCUGGUUUGUCGAGAUCAGCUGGCUCCGCUUCCAGUGCCUUCGAGACGUACAACCCCAGACCCAGCAACGCACUGCUGCCUAGUAGGGGACAAGUUGGUAUCACAGAGGGACUGGUGAAGGGGGCUCUGUCUGUGGCUGCUUCUGCUUAUAAAGCCCUAUUCACUGGACCAAACUGCACCAUACAGCGUGGCAUUGACCCCGCCACACGACAGGACCCUUCGAUGAUGGCCAUGCUGCUGGAAAUGGGAUUCAGAGAUCACCGUCUGAACCAGCGCCUGUUGAGGAAACACGGAUACAGUCUGCUACACACCGUCAACGAACUGGUGCAAAUGGCCGAGGAGAGCCAAAACGAAGCCGCGGACAGCCACCAAUAA